CGUUUUUUUCUUCUUCUUUUUGUAUUAAUUCUUAACCUCUCGCCGUUAUCGUGCGUGCGUGCGUGCGUGAGUUUCAGCAGAAAACAAAGAAGACGCUGGCGAAAUCAGCAAUGGAUUCAUCUCAUUACAAUCCGAGCUUCGACCAAUGGAAUCCUCCUCUUCCUCUCCUUCCGCCGCCGCCAUUGCCUCCUCCUCCUCGUGAAUCUCAUCCCGAUAGCCCUAGUUUCUAUCUCCCGUCAAGCCAAAGCGGUGAGCAACGUCACCAUUAUCUUCCACCCAUGCCGGGGGCUAAUCAGCCGUCUUCCUUCAUCUACUCCCAGCAUCCUCUACCGCCGCCGCCGCCGCAACAGCAUCUUCCAGAGAAAGUUAGGUUUGAGUUUCAUAGAGUCUCGCAGCCGCCGUCAUCCAUUAUAACAUGUACGCAACGGCGAGAUAUCUCUCAGUCUGCUAGGGUUGGCUACAGUGAUAAACGACUUGAUUCAUUGACAGUGGACCCUUCUCAGGGACGAAUGGAUCGAAGUCCAGGACGUAACCAUCAGUGUGACAUUAGGGACUCAUCGGGUGUUGGCAUCAGUCGUGGUUUAGAUGGUAGUUCUAGGUGUAGAGAUGAGUUUCGUAAUCUUGGAUAUGUGAGAAAAGAAUCUGGAGGAACUAGGAUAGAGGGAAACUAUCAAGACCGUGGUCAGUUAAAAGCAGAAUCCGAUAGAUGUUUUAGGGGUUUAGAUGAGGGAAACAGGGGUUUAUCUUCACGUGUUGGUGUUACAGUGAGACAUGAUAUGAGUAGGUCAUCAGCAAGUCAUGGAGGGGAUAGAAACCAGAGGUGGGAUGAAGCGCGUAAUGGAGGGAGGGUUCUCUAUCCGCGGAAAAGGGAUGACUACUAUCAUUUAGAUCGUGGAAGGAGAGAUGGGAGCAAUGAAUCGAAGAGAACAACGCCUGGGAAACAAACGCAGAAGAAGAGUGCUCUGCUUAGGCUUGGAACUCCAAGAAACUAUCACAACGGUAGAGAGAAUGCACGGAAUCUUACUAGUUAUAGUGGGAGAAGGUUGGUAGCUUCACCUGCCAGUGCAGGCAUCCGCCCACGCCGGUCUGUUACACCUAGGUCUAGUAAAGCUAGAAGAGCAUUGGUGCCUGAUAAAUUUGAGAAAGCUUCGGUAACUAAAGAAAAUGGAAACAGAAGUAUAGUGAAGUCUCACGAAGAUCUUUUGGACAGAACGGGUACUGGUUCUAAAACUCUUUUGCCCAAGGGUAUGGAGAUGGAAAACAACGGGAAGAAGAAGACUAAUACGUCUCCUAAGAAAUUAGUUAUAUCAUGGUCAACAGUUGCUGAUCUCUCCGGUGUUUCUGAAGCAAGAAUUCGUUUUGCUGGUAUGUCCAUGUGUAGUGUUGGGUCUCAACCUUGCGAAGACCUUGCUGACCAGGUGUUGGCGAAGUCUGAUAGUGGUUGUAUUGAAGAUGACAGCAAGGGGAUCAAUAAGAAUGUAGAUUCUUUGUCUCCUGAAUGUAGAAUAGAAUCCAUGGAAACUACACCUCUUAAUAGUGCUGCAGAAAUGGCUGACGAUCGGGACAGUGAUAAAGGUAAAAAGGCUUGUGUAAAAGGUACUUCUUCAUCUCUUACAAAGGUUGAUGUAAAGGAAUCAUCAAUUGUGUUUCCUGUUGAAAGAACUGAUGACUGUUCAGGUAGUGAUGAAUCAGGUUUAGCUAUGGUAGUACCGUCUGACAUGUGUAUGGAGAAUGUAAGUGCCGAGAGACUUGUGCCUGAUGAAGAUCUGGGUAUAGCAUCUCUAGGUGGCCUCAUGCAUGAGGAAAAUAAUUGUGCUGAGAACACUGCUGUAGAUGCUCAAGAAGAGAAAACAAACCCUUCUGGUGGAACUUUGAACUACAAAACUCCGGGAACUGAUACUGUUGUUGUUAGUGGGAAUGCAGUGUUUCCAUGUAAUUCUGUAUCCAGCUCAACGGUGCGGAGCUUCCGGCAGAUAAGGAGUGAAAUUCAUGUUGCUGCUACAGUUGAUGAAACUUGCAAAGACAAACCGAAACCUAAGCAUUCUGGUGGUAGUAGUAAGUACAGAACUGGGGGAACGAAUAUUUUUGCUUUUAGUGGGGAUUCAGUUCCACGUGAUUCUCUAUCCAACGCACCAAGGCUGUACAGGAAGAUACGGAGUGAAGUUCAUGUUGCUUCUAUGGUUGAUGACACUAGCAAUUACAAAGAGAAAGCAAAGCCAUCUGGUGGAACCUCUAAGCGGAGAACUCCAGAAGCUGAUGUAACAUCUGAUGUUGGCGGUCAAGAGAAAGGCUCACUGAACAGGGUUGAGACUGAUAUAUUUGAUGGUGAAGUAUGGUCAUCUGUUGUAAAAGUUUCUGGAACUGAAAUUCUUGGUGAUUUAAGAGUUCUUCUGCCUAGAUCACACUCACAUGCAGAAGUUAAAGAUCACGUAAUAUCUGUCCAAGAUCGGGAUUCCCAAAGUAAGACAUCUCUGAGCUCUAGGUACAAAGUAGAAAACAGGAAAAAGAAAUCGAACUGCUCUACUCAGAAAAGGUAUUCCCGUGCCCUGCCUUUUGUGUCUGGCCCUAAGAAAGAUGCUAACCCUCCCAAUAAGUGUCACACUUGGCAUCGAAAGCUCGAUACUUCUGCCUCUCCUUUUGUAGCUGCCAAGCCGUUGUCGUCGACUUUGUUUACACAGCCGAAGCUUCCCCUAGUGACUGCCCAAUCUAGUGGUAGUUACGUACGUAUAGGGAAUAGCCUUCUUCGAAAACCCUCGUAUGGUUCUCCUGGUGUUACCCUUGGACUGCUUCCAUCUGCCAUCCAGUUAAACUGUAUCGAAGACAAAAGCACGGGAUCUGCCAGUAGGGUUGAUGUAGGUAACGCUUCUUUUCGUGUUAAAACAGGAGAAAGAACCACUCUCGAGAGGCAGUCAAAUCCUCCCUCAGAUAGCAGCACCUCCAAAGUAUCAAAUGCCAUUGUUACUUCCUCAGGUAAAUGUCCGUUAUCUUACAGCAGGGAUCACCUCAUCACUGGUUUACCUGAGUCUAUCAUGGACGCUGCUAUAUCUGGAGAAGCCAAUCUUCCACACUCUGGUGGAGAUGCAUCUAAGACAGACACACUAGCUCAGACAGAUUAUCCUUCAGAUUGCCAGCAGAAGAGAAAUCAUCCUAAGUUGGAUUCUUCAAAUUUGAAGAGAACGGUAUAUGUUCAAAGGAAGGAAAAUCAGUUGAUUGCAGCUUCAGAUAUUCAUGGUGCAACUAAGGGCCAGAUUCCUGCCUCUGAUGGCUAUUUCAAACGAAGUAGAAAUCAGCUAGUAAGGACUUCAGCGAGCUGUGUCAAUCACUCACCUGAUGAUGCAUUAGAUUCACAAGCCACUACAACCAUGGUUUCGAAAAGAUCAUCUAGCCCAGCUUUCUCCGACUCUGUUGCAGCUGUCACGAGACCAUAUAAGCGGUCAAAAUUUUCUCUGGUUUGGACGCAAGAUGAUCCACAGUCAAGAUUGCGCACAAGUCACAGGCGCUAUCAGAGGAUAUUACCGCAACUUGUUCCUUGGAAAAGAGUGACAUACUGGAGAAGACUAAUGAAUUCAGUCUCCGGCUCUACUUUGCGAAAUGUUUCUUUUUCCAACAGCAGCCAAAAAUUGUCUAUGAUGAGGAAGAGACAUUCGGUUUAUACAAGAUCAACUAAUGGGUAUUCACUUAGAAAAUCCAAGGUAUUAAGUAUUGGUGGUUCGCAUUUAAAAUGGUCCAAGUCCAUUGAGAGAGACUCGAGAAAAGCUAAUGAGGAAGCUACCUUGGCUGUGGCUGGAUUUUCAAAGAAAGAAAAUGAAAAGCAUUCUGGAGAAAGUACUACUAGGAUGACAAACAGAAACCAUCUGACACGGGAGCGCGUUUUCAGGAUUGGCUCCCUUCGUUAUAAAAUGGAUUCUUCUAGGCGAACUCUUCAGAGAAUAUCUGAUGUUGAUUCACUGUGCUCUGGACCUACUGAAAACAGUGAAGGCGCAAAAACACCGUUCAUUCCAAAGAGAUUGGUCAUAGGCAAUGAAGAAUAUGUACGUGUGGGAAACGGUAACCAGCUAGUCAGAGAUCCAAAGAAACGAACUCGUGCGUUGGCAAAUGAGAAGGUCAGAUGGAGCCUGCACAAUAUUCGCUUGCGGUUGGCUAAAAAGAAGAAGUAUUGCCAGUUCUUCACAAGAUUCGGGAAAUGCAACAAAGAAGACGGGAAAUGUCCUUAUGUUCACGACCGCUCGAAAAUUGCAGUUUGCACCAAAUUUCUGAAUGGGUUGUGUGCCAAUGCAAAUUGCAAAUUGACUCACAAGGUCAUUCCAGAAAGGAUGCCUGAUUGUUCUUAUUUUCUGCAAGGCUUAUGCAACAAUGAGGCGUGUCCAUAUAGGCAUGUGCAUGUCAACCCGAGUGCAGCCAUAUGUGAGGGGUUCUUAAAAGGAUACUGUUCAGACGGAGACGAGUGUCGGAAGAAGCAUUCCUACACCUGCCCAGUUUUGGAAGCCACUGGAUCGUGCUCUCAAGGAUCGAAAUGCAAGCUCCACCACCCCAAGAACCAAAGCGAAGGAAGAAAGAGGAAAAGACUAAGCGAGCCAUCAGAGAGAAAUUCCCGUGGGCGUUACUUUGGCUCACUUCACAAAGUCUUGGACGAGUCUGAGCCAAUGGUAGUGGAUAGACUUCCUACUAGUAACAGCGCAGAUUUUGGAAUAGAAGGUCUGGACUUUAUAUUUCUUGGCGCUACAGAGUAUGAAGAAGGUGAUAACAAUGAUCUAGCCGCCGGGGAAUCUGUCUCCAGUGCUAGUGAAGAACCGGGUUUAGUUUACAAUCUAAUCAGACCAGUAGCUUUGAUGCAGUAAGAAGCAAGUAUCAGUUUUGGGGUGACUACAAAGGUAAGCUUUCUCUGUUAGGAAGACAAUUGUCUUUUGUCUAAUACGUUAUCUUGUAGCUUUUUAGGGAGUUAGUUUUAGCUUUUGUUCUCUUCAACAUGUGUACAUGGUUAUUUAUCUGUAAAUGAUUCAAAUACAUUUGUUUUUGUUGUCUAUC